CAACAAUAGAAAAGAACAAUUAGUAUUGGAAUAUAAAGGUAAACAAACCCCAAGUCAUUUUGAAGAAAACAAAGACUUGUGAUGAGUUGACCCCAAGUCUUCCUUAGAAGUUUGAACAAUACGUACUGCACACGCAUUCACACAUUCUAAGCUAAGUCUUCCUCUCCGGCCAACUGCACAGUAGUCAUUAAUUUUCCGGCAAUUACUUCACCAUCGAUAAAAAAAAUGGCACCAGAACCCAGUUACGCUGCGUAUUUGAGUUUUAGCGAGACAGGAAAUAUAGGCCAAACCUUCGUCAGCCAUUUGCAUGGAGCUUUGAAACAAGAAGGGAUUUACACCUUCAAAGAUGAUCGGAACCAAGAUAGAGGAAUAUCGUUUUCAAAGGAUUCGUCCAGAGCUAUUGAAGAGUCCCAGAUUAUAGUUGUUGUCUUCUGCGAGAAUUUUGUUUUAUCUAAAGAUUGUUUGGAUGAAGUUGUAAAGAUUAUGGAUUGCAGGAAACUGUUAAAGAAGAUUGUUAUACCGAUAUUCUACGACGUGGAACCAUCGGAAGUACGAAGGCAAAGGAACAACUUGGCCGAGGCAUUUGCUGAUGAUAGUGAAAAUGAUGAUGAGAUUGGAAGAUCAGAAAGGGUGAAAAGAUGGAGAGAUGCUUUGAAUGAAGCAGGAAAUAUAUCAGGCUUUGAUCUCCGCAAGACACAUGACGGGAAUGAAGCGGAAUGUAUAGAGCAUAUUGUGAAGGAGAUUGUUAGCAAGCUAAGAUCAGAAGAAGUGGCCGGAGAACGUCAAAAGUAUGUGGAAUUCGGAAGUAAAUUCCUGUCGGAGAGAGUCAUUGGCUUCACUCGUUCAGCAGCAUCUCCAUUCCCAUUGUGUGUGCCUGUAUUUUUUUUUGUGACCAUUUAUAUUAUUUAAAAAAGUGAUCAAACUUUCUAGUCCAAAUAAAAGACGACGAUCGACCAAUGGUUGGAGUACUUGGUGCGACUUUUUCUUUAUAUGUGGGGUUGGGGACGGUGAACCACUUGAGCACUCUAAUGUGCUUUCUGACUAUUGUUAGUGGGUACGAUAUACCACUUUACUACUCUUUAUGCUUUGUUGACUGCAAAUAUUACUCAUAUUUAGUACUGUAGUUUAGCAUAGUAUUAGAUUAGAAAUAUCUCCAAAAUCAUAUAUCAGGCUCUUGAGUAGAUAGCUGCCUAAUAUAGUAAUGUACUCCCAAUUUCUAUUGUAUGUUAGGAUGGUUUAACUAUUAUAUUAGUAAUGUACUCCUAAUUUCUACUGUA